GCGCCCCCUGCAGGUGAUGGGGCGGAAGGGCAGCGGAGGCGCAGGGCGCGGAGGUUAUGGGGUCGUUAUGGGGUCGUAUGGGGUCGUUAUGGGGCAGUUCUGGGGUGAUACAUGGGGUCAUGAUGGGGUCGUUAUGGGACAGUUCUGGGGCGAUGUAUGGGGUCGUUAUGGGGUCAUUCUGGGGCGAUGCAUGGGGUCGUUAUGGAUGCACAGCCAUAGCAGCAGCGCCCCCUGCAGGUGAUGGGGCGGAAGUGCAGCGGAGGCGCAAGGCGUGGAGGUUAUGGGGUCCUUAUGGGGUCCUUAUGGGUCCUUAUAGGGUCGUUCUAGGGCAAUGUAUGGGGUCAUUAUGGGUCGUUCUGGGGUCAUUAUGGAGCAAUAUAUGGGGUCCUUAUGGGGUCCUUAUGGGGUCCUUAUGGGGCGAUGCAUGGGGUCAUUAUGGGAUGCAGCGCCAUGGCAGCAGCGCCCCCUGCAGGUGAUGGGGCGGAAGGGCGGCGGCGCGGCGGAGGCGCAGGGCGCGGAGGUUAUGGGGUCCUUAUGGGGUCCUUAUGGGGUCGUUAUGGGGUCGUUCUGGGGUGAUUAUGGGAUGCAGCGCCAUGGCAGCAGCGCCCCCUGCAGGUGAUGGGGCGGAAGGGCGGCGGCGCGGCGGAGGCGCAGGGCGUGGAGGUGGCGCUGGCGCCGGAGGAGCUGGAGCUGGACCCCAGCGCCAUGACGCAGAAGUACGAGGAGCGCGUGAGGGAGCAGCAGGCGCAGGUGGAGAAGGAGGACUUCAGCGACAUGGUGGCCGAGCACGCCGCCAAGCAGAAGGUCUGCCCCAUAGAUUACCCCUGCUGCCCCAGAGGUCUGCCCCAUAAUGCUGCCCCAUAGGUAUCCCAUAGAUUUGCCCUAUAACUUUCCCAUAGGCAUCCCAUAAU